UAUCUCGUCCGCUUCCCACCUGCAAGCGGGUGUGUUCCGAGAUCCGCCUUAAUGCCAACCAGCGUCUACAGGUGCCUUUCCCUCUUGACCAGUUCGUCGUUCGGCUGAAUAUCAAGAGCGAUGUCACGGAAGGAAUUCUCAGCAACUAUUCGCCUUGGACUAUGUAUUCAGGCGGCGUCUUCUGUCCGGGCCUCCAGAUGGCAUGGCAGCUGAAGAGUGGAAAGAAGGACGCCGUGAGGGACGCCGCUGUCCGCACAAACGUGCAUCUCGGAGAGCCGGAGGAACCGAAUAGGUUCGGGUUAACCCUAGAUCCGUCAAAGUUGAGGGUGGGGAUCCAGGAUGAAGAAUUUAUUAAGCUCAAGGUCGGCCACGAGGUGCUCACGUACACGGCCCCGUGUUUUUGUGAUCUGCCGAUGACGGUGCUCCUCCCGCUAACCAGGUGUACACCUUCAUGGCGCUGUUGUGUUUCGCACAGUAGUAACAGUACAUCUCAGGCUUUAAGAGCUGUCGCAAAAAUUGCAUGUGAUGCAUUUCUCAUACGUAUGGGGCUACUCCGCGCUUAA